GAAUGGCGUACCACGCUAGACCGCCGAUGACAAAAAUUACGGGCGUGGCAGGUCUCGAAGGGUUUUUGGUGGAGCGCUGCAGGUCCCGGUUUAUUCGCUUAGCGUGCAGUGUGUUGGGGAUUCAACAGACAGUGCUUCCAUUCCACCGCUCUCGCUAUAUUACCUGGCUGUGCCUGCCGUGUCUCUCGUUCCGUAUCCUCUCCUGCUCUUGCUUUACCUACCCGACCCCUCUUCCUGAGUGUGGUAUACUUUCGCUAGUGGAGCCCUUCGUUGUGUGCUUCCUGGAGAUAGAUCGGAGUUACAGAACUCCUACACCUUGAGAGGUCGCUCUCGUCAACACCUACCGCUAUCCUCGCUCCCUCUUCGCACCGUUACUAUGCCCUCCUCCCAGGCUGUCUCUGGCGAUCUCGCCAUCAAGCCUGAGUUCGUCGACCAGAAGUCGCCCAUGGCUUCGACCAGCGAGCCCAACCGCAACCCCAACUACGACCCGAAGAAGCCUCACAUCACCGACACGCCUAUCACCAAGGCCAACUGGUACAAGCACGUCAAUUGGCUCAAUGUCACAUUCAUCAUCGGUAUCCCGAUCGCCGGCUGCGUUUCUGCUUUCUGGACCCCGUUGAAGUGGCAGACUGCUCUCUGGGCGGUCAUCUACUACUUCUGGACCGGCCUCGGUAUCACAGCUGGUUACCAUCGCCUCUGGGCGCACAAGUCAUACAACGCCUCCCUGCCCCUGUCCGUCUUCCUCGCCCUGGUUGGCGGUGGCGCCGUUGAGGGAUCCAUCCGCUGGUGGAGCCGUGACCACCGUGCUCACCACCGCUACACCGACACCGCCAAGGACCCUUACUCGGUCCGCAAGGGUCUUCUGUACUCCCACCUCGGCUGGAUGGUCAUGAAGCAGAACCCCAAGCGCAUCGGCCGCACAGACAUCACCGACUUGAACGAGGACCCCGUCGUCGUUUGGCAGCACAAGCACUACAUCAAGGUCGUCAUCUUCAUGGGCCUGAUCUUCCCUUCCGCUGUUUCCGGUCUUCUCUGGAACGACUGGAUGGGUGGCUUCAUCUACGCUGGUAUCCUCCGCAUCUUCUUCGUCCAGCAGGCUACCUUCUGCGUCAACUCGCUUGCCCACUGGCUCGGCGACCAGCCUUUCGAUGACCGCAACUCUCCUCGUGAUCACGUCAUCACUGCUCUCGUCACUCUUGGUGAGGGUUACCACAACUUCCACCACGAGUUUCCCUCCGACUACCGCAACGCUAUCGAGUGGCACCAGUACGACCCUACCAAGUGGUCCAUCUGGCUGUGGUCUAAGCUCGGCCUUGCGUCCAACCUGAAGCAGUUCCGCUCCAACGAAAUCGAGAAGGGUCGUGUCCAGCAGCUCCAGAAGAAGAUUGACCAGAAGCGCUCCAAGCUCGACUGGGGUGUUCCUCUUGAACAGCUGCCCGUCAUUGAGUGGGACGACUACGUUGAGCAGGCUAAGAACGGUCGCGGUCUCAUUGCUGUUGCCGGUGUUGUCCAUGACGUCACCGACUUCAUCAACGAGCACCCUGGAGGCAAGACUCUUAUCAAGAGCGGUAUCGGCAAGGACGCAACCGCCAUGUUCAACGGCGGUGUCUACUUCCACUCCAACGCUGCCCACAACCUUCUCUCCACCAUGCGUGUCGGUGUCAUCCGUGGUGGUUGCGAGGUUGAGAUCUGGAAGCGUUCUCAGAUGGAGAAGGACGGACUCCUUGCCAAAGACCCCUCCGGCAACCCGAUCGUCAGGGCUAACGAUCAGGUUACAAAGGUUGCCCAGCCUGCUGUCAGCGCGAGCGCGGCAUAGAUGAGUGUGCAUAUCAAUUUGAGCGAAGCGAUAUCCGGAGUUGGUUUUUUUAUUGUAUCAUUUGGGCAUAGUAAUUUCACUUCCCAGCGUUCGCUAGAGAGCAUCAUAGGUGUGAUGCUCUGACACUUAGACGGUGUAUAGUUUCAACCUCUAAAGAAGAGUAAAGGCACAAAAAGCCUGUCGGCAUAGACCGAACAAUGACAAUUGUUAUGAGACCAA